GAAGAAAGCCAUCUUUCUACGCAUGCGCACUUUAAGCAUCUACAGUGAUUUGAAACUUUUCUUUCAUUUCCAUGUUUCUUCUUCUGUUUAUCACUAAAUUUGAUGGAAUUGCAGAUUUAAAACCAGGUUAAAAAUGAAGGAAGAAAAUCUCGUUUCAGAAAAUCCCACAAAACCAUAAAAAGUUUCAAUUUGGUUGAAAGAUUUGCGUCAUCAUCGCGGGUUUAUGAAGAACCGAAAACCUUUGAAAGUAUUUUUUAUUGUCAAAACGUAGUUCAUACAAAAAAAAUCAUAUAAUACAUUCAAGUAAUGAGCCAGUACUGAGAAUCACAGAUAAUGAAUGUGAACUUUCCAUUGGUAAAAAGGAAAGAGAAAAGAAAAGAAACAAAAAAAAAAAAGAAAAAAAAAUAAGAUGCCAAACAGGUCGAGGCUUAACAGCUUUUGUAUUGGUACAGGAUUCAAUAUGUUCAAUAUACAAAACCAUUUCUUUGUGAUAUAUUUUUUCGGAAUCAACCUUUUCUGGAACAAAAUAACCAGAAACAAUGUGUUCUAAAAAUAACUUAUCAUUUGAACAUAUGUGUGUGUUUGAAAGUCAUUUUAGUGACGCAGCAGAUUUAGACGAAACCAUUUCCCCAAGUACUUCCGGUCUGACCCGGAAGUACUUCCCCGCUCUUGUUUACAUUCUCUUGUUAGCUGACAGGACCGGACCGUCGUCGCUCGGAGUGAUGUGGGACAGCUGACGGGCUCCGGGCUCGGUUUGGUUUCAGAUCCGGUCGGUUCGGCGAGUUCCGGCUCCUGCUGACCGGGAUGAGCUCCCCGCUACUUCCGCCGCUCCUCCUGCUCCUCCCGGGGCUGCUGGCGGCGGCGGAGCAGGUCGCCGUGCUGGAGGUUUCCCUGGAGCAGCAGCCCGGGGUCGGCGCGCGGCUCCAGGGGGAGGUUCUGGAGUCCAGCAGGGACGGGACCGGAGGUGCGGAGCGGGAGGAGCUGGAGGGGAACCUGGUGUUGGUUCGGGUGGACGAAGCCUCGGAGGUGGCAAAACCGGAGGAGGAGCAGCAGGAGGAGCAGGAGCCCUGGAUCGGGCUGCUUCCCGUGGACGGUAGAGCCUCCCGCGGCGGUCAGGAGUCCUUCGCGGACGCCGUCGUUAACAAAAUGAAGCGCGCGCUGGUUCUGGGCGCGUCCGCGCUGAUCAUCCUGGCGCUCAACCCGAACCCCGUCAGUGAGAUGGACCUGUCUCCGGUUCUGUCCAAGCCCGUCAUCGUGGUCCAGACGUCGGAGAACGUCACCAAGCUGAUAGGGGCGCUGCUCCGAGGCCUGAGGGCCACCGUGAAGAUCACCUACCGGACCAUCCUGCAGGACAACCUGGGCGGGGCCACGCUCACGCUGUGGUCCAGCUGCGGUCGCUCCAGGGGGGGGCUCUACGGGGAGUGGCAGGGGGUCAUCUGCACAGGAGAGAGCAACUCCCAGGUCCAGAAGUACCUGCAGCAGCUGUGGGACACCGUCCUCCUGGUGGCGCUGAUCCUCUGCACCGGCGUCAUCGUCCAGGCCCGCUGGCAGCACCAGGACCGCCAGCCCAACGACAACUUCCAGUUUCCCACGCAGGAUGUUCUCAGGUCCAUGUCGUCGCUGAAAACCCGACUGUACCGCCAGCCCAAACGCUGGUGCGGCCCGUCGCAGCCGACAGACGCAGACAUCUGCGCAGUCUGCCUGGAGGCGUUCAGGAACAACCAGUGUCUGCGGGUGCUGCCGUGUCUCCAUGAGUACCACAGGGACUGCGUGGACCCCUGGCUGCUGCUGCAGCACACCUGCCCUCUGUGCAAACGCAGCAUCCUCGGAGGAAUCUGCAAAGACAGCUAACGGCCGCUCCACCCGUCGCUCCGGGAUCUUCUCACCUCAGCGCUUCGAGUCUUACUUUGCCGUUUGGUUUGUGGACUUCACCUCAGAACCCGUCCUUCCAGCAUCGGACCUCCCUGUCGUUACAGCGGCUGAAACUACAAUCCGUCUCUUCCAGAGAAUGUCAGAAACCACCAAAGUUCUGCCAGGAGGUCCGGCUCUGUUCGGUCCAUUGGUAACGCUCAGAACUUUGUCCUCAACCAGAACACAAAUCAUCAGAACUCUGUCCUCCUGUAAAUUUAAACAAGUGAUCAAACUUUCAGCUUCAGAAAACCCAACCUGGUGCUGCCACCUGGUGUUAGCUGGUGGUACUGCAGCUCUAGAGCAGGAUAAACAAACUCUUCCAGUGACGUCACAACAGACACAAAGAUGUUAAAUUAUUAUUUAUUUGAAAAUGUUCUUGCAUUUUUCUGUAGAAAAUGCUGAUAGAUCUGAUCUCUGGAUUAGAAACUUCUGUGCAUGGCAGCGCAGGCCCCUCCCACUUCAGCGCUCAGUCAUCACCUCCUUCAGGAUGCAGCUGCAGCUGCGCAGUCAGUGACGACUCUGCAGCCGCAGCAGUGGGCGGGGCAGUCAGGAAUAAACACAUUGUUACUUGGCAACAA